GUCACUCCGUGGGGCCGCUGCCGCGUCGCGUACGCCUGCCAUGGCCAGGCUGCUGCGUGCCCUACGCCUGUUCGCCGCUGUCACUGACGGUGGGCUCUGGACCCACGCAUGCUGCGUGUCGGUGUCUGCUUCGUGGGUUCCAGUGCCGCUCUGUGCGAGUUGGGCGUGUCGUUGCGGUGGGCAAGGGCCUCCUUUUCUCCUCGAUUUCCCCCAUUUCUUCUUCUUCUGCUUCUCAUUCUGUGCACGCUCGCUUCGCCCACUCGCUGCACGCUCUCUUCGUCGCCUCGCUCCGUCUUGUUCGAACGCCCUGUCCUCCAGCUCUGUACCAUGGCCAUCCGUUCCUCCAUUGGUGCUGUUGGUUGAGCUUUGUUGGAUUUCGCGUUGGCUCCUUCGUAGGAGCCUGGGUCAUUCUGUCCUUGCUGUCCAGAAUCUCCGUUUAGCUCAUCGCCGCAUCUUCAUUCUGCUUGUUGGGCCGCGUCAAGUGUGGCCUCUGGGUUGCUUGUGUCUCCUUGGCCCAUUUAUUCGUGAUGCAAGGAAAUGGUGUCUGUGUUGUCCCCUCCUGCAGCCGUUAGAUCUAGCCCCUUGCCUGAAACAUGAUACCAUUAUACAGCAGUGCAAGUGUCUUGCCUGAUGGUCAUUAAAAAAUCCAUAUACACGAAUGGUUGGACUGAAUUUUUCAACAUAAUAAGUACUUGUUUUCUACAGUUGGUAGCAUAUAUAUAUAACUUACGGAGAUCUCAUGUAACAGGAACAGACAUCUAAGUUGAAACUUGGGGAUCAUCUUAUAGCCUCAUGUUCACUUCUCUCCCUUUUAUUUCAUCUCAUUCCAUCGUUUAAGCAUAAGCUCAGUUUCAUUUGCUCAAGUUGGAGCUGUGGUGUACCUCUGGAUGAGUAUGCUACUGAGAGGGUUUAGAUCAGAGAACUAAACAAGUUGUGGGUCAGUGGCUAACCAAAUGCCACUGACCAUACAUCUCUUUGUUACUUGGAUACUAACAGCAAAUCAAAAUGAGCAGGGAGGAAACAACACUAGUUUUUAGUAGAUAUAUGUUUGUGAUUUACAUGCAAUGUUGUUCCUUGCAAAACUGUUCCUUGCAAAAGUUUCCUGGCUAAGCAACAUUGAGAAAAGGAUUACUGAAGCGGUGACUGGGUGGGUACACCUCAGGCGAUUGAUGUCAAGAUCCUGAGCAUGUGGAAUUUCGUUUGUCGAGUCCUGGCACCAGUAUUGUUGGUUGUUUUGUUAACUUUUCCCCCCUGUUUAUGGGAGAUCCUGUAGAAUGAGGGGAGAGAGGGGUGGCGGCUGGGAUAGAAAGAUGGCCUGGUAUUGUAUUCUAUUGGAGUUAGGGUUUCCUGUACAAGGGGGCAGCAUAUAUAUAGGCUGCAGGGUUACAUGGGCCACAUGGGCCACACACACACACACACACACACACACACACACACACACUGAAAUACAGAUAAGACACAACCCAACACUCCCCCUCAAGAGGGAUGAUAGAUAUCUAUCAUGCCCAUCUUGUCACAAGCAAGAUUGCUCUCCCUGGUUCCCAAACUUUUUGUUAGACAAUCGGCGACUUGUUGUCCAGAGCUCACAUGAGUUAUCCUGAUGAUUCCUGCAUCCAGUUUCUCUUUGAUAAAGAAUUUGUCUAUCUCCACAUGUUUUGUUCAGUCAUGUUGCACUGGAUUAUUAGCAAUGCUGAUUGCAGAUUUGUUGUCACACCACACAUUCAGAGGAUCUUGUCUGAGCACUUUCAGCUCAAGCAGAAGGCCUCUUACCCAUACCAUCUCACUCAGCCCUUGAGACAUUGCCCUAUACUCAGCUUCUGCAGUUGAUUUUGACACCACCGGUUGUUUUUUGCUUCUCCAUGAUACCAAAUUUCCACC